AUGUACUCGCCACUUCCAGUGUAUACGGUCCCCAAAAAGUCGAAGGGAUGGAAUCCUCGCAAGGGAUCCGCUUCCUUCAAGUCGUCUGAUGUCUCGCCACCGCAAACUGCCUCUUCUAUAAAUGCGCCAUCAUCAAAAUUAUUCCAAGGUUUCAAUGACAUGUUGGACCCGGCACUAGAUGGGCCUCCAUCACCGGGACGUCUAAGGGCAGUCGCCAACCAGGUGCGCAAGAACUCAGUGGCAGAGAAACACGACAGUCAACAGACCAACUCAUCUGGCUCGUCUUCUAUACUUUCGGCAUAUGACAGACCGUCUUGGGAGCAUGGCAUCGAGAGCUUAACACUAUCACGGAGAUCAUCGCAACGCUCUACCACCAGCAGCAUGCCCUCACGCGAGCGACCAGAGAGCACGCAAAUCUUCAGCAAAUCCAUAUUUAACCGCAGAGGCAAGGGUCGGAGAGAGAGCAGUGACUUGGGCUCUUCCAAUGCCUCGUUAAACUCCACCGAAGCACCGGCAGAUGCAGCCAAUGGUCAGAAGGAAGGCAGUUCCUUGAAGUCAUUAUUGACUAGACGAAAGGGUGGCAAGGAUGAGGAACCGCCACAGACCAAGAUCAAGAUUUCAGGGCCUUAUAAUUUCCAACAUGUCGCCCACACAGAGAAGGAGAAUGACUCGCAACCAGUGCGACAAGGCAUGGACUUGGCGCAGGACCACUUGGAAAUGCGUCGAGUUCACAGGCCGAGGAAAUCGUCUCUCAUGGGUGCUGCCCCUCCUGUGUCGUAUCACUCACAUUAUCACAGCGAGUCCUUUUCUUCUCAGCAGGAUCCAUCGGCAGGUCUGCAUGUCGCACAUGGCUCGUACGGCGAGCCGGUCGAGAUGCGACAUGUCUUGCCGACUCCAGCAGUCCCAACUCGAUCUGUGAAACGAACCCAGUCGCAAGACCAGUUCCGUGUUCCUCCUCCACGACCGCCAAGAUCUCCCACCGAAUACAGCUUUGAGUCUCCCAUAUCCCCGCCGCCCCGUACGUCCAGUCGGGCGUCGGCGCGACCUGAGAGCAGCAAUGGCUUCGGUUCGUUCAGCUCGGAUCGAUUCCCUGCAGGUGCCGGCAUCCGCAUCCCUCAGCCAAUAGUCUUCCCAUCCACGUGGGAAAUGUCCAACCAGCCCAUCCUGCCUCGCUCAGGAAUCUCGACUAUCGAUGAGGAUGACGUUGCUCCGCAUGAGCAGAGAUACUCUCAUGCCAUCACCACUCCUGAUAACGCGGCCUGGCCGCUACCGGCUGAAACGAUUACAAAUGUGUUGGCAGAUGUACCAGAGGAGGAAGAAAACAAUGGACUAUCACGAUCUCGGAUGAGCAUGGCAAGCAACAGCUCUGCAUUGCGUGGCAGCAUCUCAGUACCACUUCUGCGCCAAAUUUCUCAGCCUCAAAACACGCCAAAUGCCCGACCUCCCAGCAAUGCCUCAGAGACGCUGGGACGGUUCGAUUUGCUUGCUGCCCAGCGUGCUCUCCGAGCUAGCAUGGACGACGAUGCAAGCGAUUAUGAGGACGAGCUGGACCAAGUGGAUAACUGGGAGGAUGACAUCGAUUACUGCUAUGACCAUGCAGCCGAGGCCGAUUGCGACUACGCAUGGGAGCGCCCAUCAAUGGACAUGGCCCGGGACGCCUCACCGUCAAUGGAUGCAAUGGGCUUCAGAUACCCCGAUUAUGGGUCCGGCUCGACCGGUCUUCUCUCGCCACCCGGCCGUGACGACGUUCCAGCCCUUAGCCCUGUCAGCCAGAUCUCCAACGGCACGCAAAACGAGGCAAAGACGCCCACCGUCGUUGUACCCGUGACUUCGAACUUUUCCCUGCCUAGACGCGACAGCUCGGCAGUCCUCGUCCGCAGCCACAGUCACAGCCGCAACGUGUCCCAUGCCGACAGCUUCAAGGAAGCCGCCACUUUUGAUCUCUCCCCAUCGUUGCUGAUCCCCGGGGACUAUCAUCAGCAAAUGCUUCUCCACGAGCGAGGCGAGCUGCGCGAGGAGGAUGAGGACUACCUGGUAGCACCACUGUCUCCCUCGGGCUCACACUUUGCCCAAUCUCCGAAGACGGUACUUGCACGUUGCAGUGCCUCGACCACCGACUCCAUCUUCUCCAACCGCCACAAAUCAACCACCUCAACGUCAACAACUUUGACACGGUGGACCUCGACCAGCACCACCAAUGCGCUUGUGGAGGGCUGGCAACCAGAGGACAAGGAGCUCGUGCAUGCUUCCAGCUUUGAUAGGACUGCCAUCAGCCCCUUGCCUGAACUUGAGGAAAGCCACUUUCGACGCGACACCAGUGCCGAGCGCCACGCCCGGGCACAGUCUCACGCCAACUUCCUUGUCAAGUCCAGCUCCGAGACCACCAUGUCUGAUCACUUAAAGUCCAGCCCCGAGUUGAUCAAGACUCGCCGCCGAGCCAAGACCACAAGCCGGAGCCACAACCAGGCUCCAGUGUCGCUUGGUCUCUUCCCUUCCAUCAUGAACAACCGCGUCUAA